UAUCACUCCGCUGCCAACGCCACGAGAGCGCAGUUUUUACAUUACAUCGUCGCAUCAAAGAACCACACGAUCAGCCUUUCUUUCUCUCGCUGUCCACCUUCCUCGAAGUCGAAGCCAUGGCGCCUCGCAGCCGCCUCCUCGACCUGGAGACGCACGACGUGCUCUUCUUCUACGGCGGCGACUGCCACUACGGCGACUGCGCCGGCGUGGCCGCCCGCGCUGUCGUCUUCCUCGCCGCCGCCCUGCUCCUCCACCUCGUCGCCCCGCUCCCGCACGCCACCGCCGCCUGCGCGGGGCUCUACGGCGCCUACUGCUUCCUCCUCGACCGCGCCGCGCGGCGGCCACGCUCGCGGUCUUGCUCUUCCGCCGGGCCGCCCCCUCGCGCCACUACUACUCGGCGCGUGAUGGCAGGCUGCGGUGGUGGAGCAGGAAUCGUGUGCUCGAAAUGAUCAUCAGGAACCAGGGUGUUUGCUGGAUGCUUGCCAUUGUUAAAUUGCAAAUCCUAUAGCUGACUAGCUCAAACAAUAAACACACUCCGAAUUAGCGAGAACCAGAAAAGGGUUCUCCUUUUUUUUCCUUUGUGAAACCAUACUAGAAAAGGGUUCGGCUUGAAAAUAUAUCCCUGACGUCGUACCGUGGCGUCUGGAUAUGUAAUAUACUUCGAAAUAUAUGAUACAUGUAAUAUCUCGCAAAGUUUUACUGGAAAUAUGAAUGGAUUGCUGGUUUAUUUGCUUUCA